AUGAUCAGCACUGCAGAUCCUAAAUAUUCGAAAGAUUUAGUGUGCAAAGAAGCUCUUAAUGCAUGGAAUAAAAUUAAGAAAAAACCAAAACAUGAAAUUGAGAAUACUAUAGAAUACCUCAUUGCAAAUGCUGCCUCUACUACCGAAUAUUUAAACCCUAUCGAAUAUUUCAAUACUGAAACUUCAACCCAAAAUAGGAUAAUUGAGAAAGUCAUUGUUCCUGGUGCACUAUCACCAAAUGCUGCAGCACAGAAUAAAGCAAAAGAAAUAAUCAUUAAAAUAAAUGAUGAAAUUGCAAAGUAUCAAAAGAACUAUAAUUCAACCAUCUAUUUGGAAGCCAAAUGUGAGCUAAUGGAUCGUAUACGAGACCUUAAGAAUAGAAAAAAAAGACCAAAAUUUAAAGAAGCAUUAGCAAGUCAUAAAUUCAGGGCUGCUAAUAGCAAAAGAAGAAAAGAAGUUAUUAAAGUUCGAAUGGUAAAUCACUUGCAAGAAGUACUAGAGUCAAAAUAUGAUGAACAUCUUUUUCGAACUACUGUGAACAAUUACCUGCUGCCACGUUAUUCAAACUCAAUAGCAGCAAAAAAAUACCAUCAUCUGACUAAUGUUCAGUUAAGUAAUGUCGCAACUAUCUUAAGAAAUGAAAAAGCAGAGCAUCAAGAUAAUCAUUAUUGUCUUGCCUUUGUAAAGGCAGUAAAACAGUUUGCAUCUCUAUUUCCGAUCUUUUCAGUAAUUGUGUUACAAGAUGAUAAAGCCAAAAUUUUUUUUGGCAUUUCUGCAGUCAGCAGAACUUUCCAAGCCAUACAAAGCAUCAAUAAGCCAGUUAUCAUUUCAGACUACAACUUUCCUGUUGGUUCACAACAGAAACUUGUUUCAUCUGUUUAUUUAAUUAUUGACCCAAGUGAUACAAACGAUAUGCUUCGUAGUGGCCAAUUGUCAAUAUACAUCUGUCCACAAUAUAAGAUAGGAACAAGCUCGAUAACCCAUAUGAAUGAUCUACAUUCAUUAGUGAACAAUGGCUGUUUUGACAAUAUGUUAAAGGUUGAUAAUAAAAUCAAACCCAUCUGGGUCCUUCUUGUAGAUGGAGAUAUAAAGAAAUGUAAUGAUAUCAAAUAUUGCUCCCCUAAGCGAUACGAGAAGGCUGCUAGCCUUCUUGCCUCAAAUGAUGGUUUUUUUUCCCCUUUUGUAAUAGGAAAAGACAGCCAUUAUAUUAAUUCAAUACAUCUAUUAGAGUAUCUUGAUAAAGCAAAAAUACCAGGAUACAACCAGCAUUGCUCCCCCAUAGCUGAUAAUUAUACAAAACACUCCUGUCCUAUUUGUGAGAAAUAUUUCCCAACAGUCUUGAUGGUUGCUGCUCAUAAAAAAAAUCAACAUUUAAAAGAAGUCUGUCUGACUAAACGUGAACUAGAAAGGCCAAAAAAAACUGUAACAAUGGCAAAAAAGCAAAAAACUAAAUAA